AUGAGUAGUGGUUCAAAUCAGAGGACUUUGUUUCAGACCUGGGGUGCGCCCGUGUCUCAAAACAAAGUUGUACCGCCGAAGAAUGACGGCAAGAAAGCUGCUGGACCGCGCAGGACAACCCCAGGCAACACUGCAAAGGUAGCUACAACACAUCCUCCUCGAAAUCAUCUAUGGGAUGAAAUAGGUCAGGGGUCCACAUACACGUCAGAGAGCCCUGUGAGGAUAGGGGACCCUAAACCUGCGUACGAAGAUGAAGAUGACGAUGAUGAUGUGAUGGUGGUCGCUGUCUAUGAAGCUGAAAAGAGUCUGCAACUUCAUAAUGCAAACUUUUUUCCAGAUGACAACACUGUAGGAACAGAGAACACGGCCCUCUCUCCAGUCCCAUUAGGUGGGCAGGCAUAUCCAGACUUUCCUGGCUUUGAUAGCUCCUCAGCAAAGGUAUGGAUAUACCCCACCAACUAUCCCAUCCGGGAUUACCAGCUGAAGAUAUCAGAGGUUGCCCUGUUUCAGAAUACACUGGUGUGUCUCCCCACUGGCUUGGGAAAGACCUUUAUAGCCUCUGUGGUUAUGUACAACUUCUACCGCUGGUAUCCAUCGGGGAAGAUUGUUUUCAUGGCUCCCACUAAACCCCUGGUGGCACAGCAGAUUGAAGCCUGUUAUAAAGUGAUGGGGAUCCCUCAGGCACAUAUGGCUGAGCUGACAGGCAGCACAGCAGCAAAGCAGAGGCAGGAGGUGUGGAGGUCCAAACGUGUCUUCUUCCUCACUCCUCAGGUCAUGGUGAACGACCUGUCCAGAGACACCUGCCCAGCUCAGCAGGUCAAGUGUGUGGUGAUCGAUGAAGCCCACAAAGCGCUGGGCAACCAUGCCUACUGUCAGGUGAUCAGACAGCUCGGCAGUCAGUCUCUACAAUUCCGCAUCCUGGCUCUUAGUGCCACUCCGGGGGGGGAUACAAAGUCAGUGCAGUCGAUCAUCUCUAAUUUGCUCAUCUCCCACAUUGAGCUACGUUCAGAAGAAAGCCCAGAUAUCCAGGCCCAUUCCCACCAGCGCAGUGUUGAAAAAUUGGUGGUUCCUCUGGGAGAGGCCCUGGCUGCUCAACAGGCUCGUUACCUGGAGGUGCUGGACAAGUUCAUGUCUCGUCUGGUCCAGAACCGGGUGAUGGCACACAAAGACCUGCGGACUCUCACCAAAUACCAGCUCAUCCUCGCCCGGGAUCAGUUUCGCAAGAACCCGCCAUCAAACAUCAAGGGGCCUCAGCAGGGAAUGCUGGAGGGUGACUUUGCCCUUUGCAUCAGCCUGUACCACGGCUAUGAGCUGCUCAUGCAGAUGGGGCUCCGAUCGCUCUUCUUUUACAUCCAGGGAAUUAUGGAUGGGUCCAAAGAGAUGACCAGGGCCAGAAAUGAGCUGCACAGGACUCCCACCUUCAUGGACCUUUACCAUGAGAUGGAGGCAAUGUUUGUGAAACCAUCUGCUGGUCCGGAUGAGCCAUUCAUUUACAGUCACCCCAAACUGGAAAAACUGGAGGAGGUGGUGCUGCAGCACUUCAGACUGUGGGCUGACAGCUCAGCAGACAAUAAUGGUUCUCAUCCUCAAGAAGUAAGCACCCGUGUGAUGAUCUUUUCGUCAUUCCGUGAGAGUGUACAGGAGAUCGCAGCCAUGUUGAAUUGCCAUGCUCCGCUGAUCAGGGUCAUGACGUUUAUGGGGCAAGCCUCAGCGGGGAAGGGAGUCAAAGGUUUUACCCAAAAGGAACAACUUGAGGUAGUGCAAAAGUUCCGACAAGGAGGCUUCAACACACUGGUGUCGACCUGUGUCGGGGAGGAGGGGCUGGAUAUCGGAGAGGUGGACCUCAUUGUUUGCUUCGAUGCACAGAAGAAUCCCAUCCGCCUGGUGCAGCGAAUGGGACGUACUGGACGUAAACGGAAGGGACGUAUCGUCAUCAUCCUGGCUGAGGGACGUGAGGAGAGGACUUACAACCAGAGCCAGAGCAACAAACGCAGUAUUUACAAGUCAAUCGUUGGCAAGAAAAGUGGGUUCCACAUGUACCCCAACAGUCCCCGUAUGCUGCCCGAGGGGGUGAACCCCACCCUGCAUAAGAUGCACAUUACCUGUGGCCAGUUUGACCACCAGGAGAACAGCAGGCGGUCUAUCAGGGGUAGACGAUCACACUCUGAGGGUCGGGCCUCCCUCAUCCACCCUCAAAAUCUGAUUCGGCAGGGCAGUGCAAUGUGCAAUGGUUUUCUGAGCAGCACAGAGUAUUCACUGUGGGCGUCCAGCAUGAGGCUGGAGGAAGAUGAAGCUCAUCCAACCUUGAAGCAGUCACACUUCAUGUCCCUGCCCAGUGAUCCACCACCUCAGGAAGUUUCCAAAAGUGGACCGCCAUCCAGAGAGCUGUCACUGUGGGAAUGGAGACACUGGCAGCACAAAGCACUUCCAACCCAUGUUGUCGAUCACUCCCUCCGCUGCCAGAACUUCAUUAAGGUGAUGGGGCUCAUAGAUGCCAUGAGAGAGGAAAAUGAGGGGGAAUGCCGCUAUGAACAGGAGCUUCUUCCUUACCUCAGUGCCGAUGGGCACGUGAUGAGCGAUCAGACAGAAAAGAAGAAGAGACAGAGAAGCACAAAAACCAAUCCCAGAACUGCCAGCAACAAAUCCAAACCAUCUCACAAGUCGCUGUCUGAUCUGGAAUGCAUCGAUGAGGAAACUACACGAGGAAUGGAUUUCAUUUUUACAUCGGUCUCGAAAAAACAUAAGCCUCUUGUUGAACAUGAGAACAAGAAACCUCAUGAUGACCUCAGAGGUCACGCAAUUUGUACACUUCAGUCAAACAAUGACUGUCCAGUCACUGAUGUGAAUGAUGACUGUGCUUUUGUUAGUGAGGACAACACAAAAGCAGAGUGUACAGGGAGAGAUACACUUAAUUUAAACAAUAUUUCACAGGUGUUCACUAGAAUCGAUGAGACGGAACCUGAUCUAGAUGAAGAUGUUGAACUUCAGGCCAUGUUCUAUCUUCCGAAAUGGGAUUUAGUGCCUCCCUCCUCCACCAAACUCCUCCCAGGAAGAGAUGAGGGUCUUAAGGCCAUCCUGGCCAAUGUGGCAGAUCUCCUGUCCCGAUCACCACCACUGCUCACUGUAGACAUAGAUGCUGCCAUGGCCUCCCCAUCACCUCCUCCCUCUCCUCAGCGGGUGCAGGGGCCUCUUCAACCGUUCCAGGUCAGUUUCACCUUGGAUAUGGACAACAACGACGACAAUGAUGAUGAUGAAGUAAUGAUGAGUGACGCUGACGAUGCUGACGGGUGUUUAGUGGAAAAAGAGGACAACAAAAUCUGUCAUAAUAGGCAGUCUGUCAACAGGGGCAGCACAGCAGCCGACAGUCCGACCUGGGAUGAGGUUUUUGAUGAAGAAGAGCGUGAGAGUCAUGACGGCAUGGAGAUCGAUGAUGAAAUGUGCAAUGAUGUACUAAAAGAACAGGCUGGCGAAGAAGCAGAUAAGGGUGGUGGCAAAAGUGAGGAAACAGAGAAUUAUUGGGAAGGUGUGAGGGGUGAUGUUAGGGAUGAGAGCAUGGAUCUUUUUGAGGAUGACGAAGCUUUUCUGCAGAUGACUAUCCCAGAAAUCCCCACCCCUGAACACAGUGUCAUGCCCAGAACACCCCCCAGUGCUGAGGAUAAUUCUAAAAGCACAAAAAAUAUGUUAAAAACUUCAGAUACGUGUACUAAUCCAUGUAGCACUACAGUCUCAACUGACACUCAUGUGACUCAGGACACAAUCACCCAUAACAUUACAGAGACAGAACAUCACACACACACAGCAGCACCAAAUAAACAUGCAACAGACAAGGCAAUUACAAGUCACUGUAAAUCUCCUACAAUGCAACAAAAUGCUGAGUCAUUUGACAACUCCCGUGACUACUUUCCUGUCAACUUUGACCUGGGGUAUACACUGGAGGACUCUGACGAGGAGGAGGAUGUAGUGGUCGUUCCUGCCCCAUGUACCUCCCCCAACCCUAAAAAGCAGGCUGACCCCACAGUGUCUUUGCCUGGCAUCUCGAAGUCGUCCACUCCUUACAACAGCUUCCACAGACCUAAACAUUACAGCGAAUGCAAAUUAUCUACAUCGGAAAGCACAUCAGAGCACAGGAAGACAGAAAUGUCCUCUCUUCUGAUUUCACCUUUGGUCUCUAAAGAUGGCCCGCUUCCAUCUCCAAUCACAUCACCAGAAGCAAGGCGGAUGCUCAUGUCAGGUCCAGCUGGGCCUCGCACCCCAUCUUCGCCCUCCAUCUUGAAGCGGAGACGACCAGAAGGUUGGACCACCGAGGCAGAGACAGGGCCUGACACGGAAAAGAGCUCACGCCAAGAACUUGUGUUUGUGUCCGACUUUUCUCUUCAUCCAGUGGAGUGCAACACUGACAGUGAGGAGGAGGUUGUGGUUCAUAAAAGAAAACAUCAGAACAAGAUCAACCCUUUGAUGUCUCCACAAAUGUCAAAGAUCUCCAGUGAUGUCGACUCCCCGGUGGUAGCGAACAGGAAACGUGUGGCUGCACUUAAUACUUCCGAUGAAACAGAGGGUGAAGCUGUUUCUGAUGAUGAUUUCCAGAAUGAUUCUGUGUUCACACGCAGAACCACAGCACACUCACCUGAGAAGCAGCGAGUCCAACAGGGCAAAACCAAGCACAAUGUACGUCGAAAAGUUGGGCGUCAGUUCCUGGAUGAGGAAGCAGAGCUGUCUGAGGUGGAGCGGGAUGAAGUGUCAUCUGAUGAAGAAGAUGGAGACGAACUGAACCAUUCUCUAGAUGGCUUUGUGGUCAACAACACACACUUCUCCCAGGGACUCAAUGACUCUGAGAUGCAAGGGGUUUACCUGAAGUCAGUAAGAAGCCCUGCAGUCGGGGGCAAGUACAAAAUGUCCUACAGAAACCAUCACAACAUGGACAUCUUUUCCCAGGUGCCUGAGAUGGAUGAAACAUAUGCAGAGGACAGCUUUGUGGUGGGCAGUGAGGAGGAGCUGGAGAGCAGCGAGGAAGAGGCCGAAGAAGAAGCCAUUGAACUUAUGCCAGAGGAUUCAUAUGUGGAGGGGAAGAGGCAGUACGCUACUAGACGCCGUGUCUUCUUGCAUAAAGCCAGAGCAAAGACUGGAGCAGGAGCUGUGGCCAAAACCAAGUCUGAAUAUCCUCCAGAGCAGAGGGCUGGGGUGAAAACCAAGCGCACCCGAGUAAUACGCGUAACUGAUUCAAGUGAGGAGGAGACAGGGGACAUUGUUGAAGAGAAAGGCUCUGUAACAGGAAAGGAUGUUGCUGUCACCCUGCAGCCAAAGCCAGUACAGCAUGACUCAGAUCUCAGCAAGCAGAAACCCUCCUCCUCCUCCUCUUCAACCUUAGCAUCUAAAGUCUCACUCCUCAGCAGGGGACAGAGGGGCUCAAUGACUGAAGACCUGCAGAAUGAGAGGUGUCGCCAGAGGUUUGAAAAUCAACAUCUGCUCUCUAACCAGCUAGACUUUGUGGAGUCAGACUCACUGUUAUCCUCCAAGAAACAGCCUCAGGAACCUCCUGCCACUUCUCAGCCUGCGAGGUCUAUCGGACAGGCUGUGUCAGUCAGCGAGGACCCAGCACCACCCGCACCCAUCUGUAUUCUGGUGGACAGUCGCUGCCUCAGUACUGCAGUAGAGCUGAUGACCAGCCUGCGUCAACGCCACGCAGCCACCGUCCACGUCUGCUCGCUGGAUGGCAGCUACUUCAUCGUCAGCAACCGCAUGGCAGUGGAGCGGCACAGCCAAUCAGAUCUGGCUGCAAUGCAGAACCGGAAGCGAUUGGCCGAGAGAGUGAACAGCUUGCAGGGAUUGUUUGAGCGCAUUUGCUUGAUUGUGGAAAAGGACCGAACCAAGCCAGGUGAGGCCGCACGUCCAUUCCAGAGAACACGUUACUACGACAGCACGUUGGCGUCGCUGGUGCGAACCGGCGUGCGCCUGCUGUGGAGCGAUGGCGCUGAGGAGAGCGCAGGCCUGCUGGCAGACCUGGCACGGCUGGAGCAGCGUAAAGGUCAGGGCAUCACUGCGCCCCUGGAGGUGAAAGGGCAGCACAGGCAGCAGGCCCGGCAGCUGUACUUGAGCCUGCCCUCAGUCAACUAUGUUCACGCUCUCAACAUGAGCCACAACUUUAAGUCCAUCGCCCAACUUAUGAACAGCUCCAUUGAAGGCAUACAGAAAGGAGGCUGCAUGAGUCGACCCAGAGCGGAGGAGAUCUAUCGCUUCCUGCGCUACUCCUGUGACUCUUUCCUCAUGAGCACAUCGAAAGCAGGAAAUACCUGCUAACAGCGUGGGAGAGAAAAUCCAUUUCUACUAUUCAUCUUCCGUAUUCUUUUCUGUCUUUAUCACUAAUACAUCUUCACUUUCUUUUCUCUGCCCUUCUUGUUGUCUUCCUCACCAGAAGACACCUUUAUCUUCUGCUUUUUCUGAGUAAAAAAGGAGUCUCAGGAUAUCUUGCACAAGCUGAAGAGGAAAACCACUCAACUGAAUUUGUAUGUUAUAACAUACAACAUAUUUGAUAUAAGGCAUACAAUUUGUUUUGUGCUGUAACUUUAGUGAGUGGUUUCCAUACAGCUUGUACCGUUUCAUCUUAUUAAACUCAUGCACUUGUAUUAUUGGUAUCAGACAGUGUAAAGGCAUUACUGUGAUCAUAAAAAUCAAAUCAAUA